CAGCCCUCCUGAGGACUUUGCCGUCUACGCCACCCUGAAACCCUCAGUCACCGGCGUACGCAACGCCAUCGACAAGGCCGUGGGGAGAGAAGGACGCCAACGUGGACAAGUUCUGUGUCCACCUCCAACGGGACAUCACCGACCUCAACAAGGAGGUCAAGAGGGUCAAACAGCAGGCUCAGAACAAUCAGAUCAUGGACAUCAACGCUGAGCGUCCCAAGGUCCGUCUGCUGCUGGACGAGGUCCAGGUCUCCAUAGACGAGCUGCAGAACCAGGCCUUCCAGUACAAGUCUUUCCAGAAGAACUUCAAGGUGGAGGUGACUAAGUACGAGGCGUUAGAGGAGCUGAGUGCAGAGGUGAAACUGAAACAGCUGCUGUGGGACUCUCUGGAGGAGUGGGACGCCCUGCAGGCUGGCUGGAUGGAGUGUAAGUUUGAGGAGUUGGACCCAGAGACUCUGAGUGCCCAGGUCAAUAAAUAUGCCAAGUGUGUGAACCAGCUGGAGAAAGGCCUGCCACCCAACAGUGUGGUUCCACGACUCAAAGAGCACGUUGAGGGCAUGAGGGAGAAGGUAUGAUGUGUGUUAUGUAGGAUGAUUCUCUCCAGUUGAUGUAGAUAUGAUGUGUGUUAUGUAGGAUGAUUCUCUCCAGUUGAUGUAGAUAUGAUGUGUGUUGUGUAGGAUGAUUCUCUCCAGUUGAUGUUGAUAUGAUGUGUGUUGUGUAGGAUGAUUCUCUCCAGGUGAUGUUGAUAUGAUGUGUGUUGUGUAGGAUGAUUCUCUCCAGUUGAUGUUGAUAUGAUGUGUGUUGUGUAGGAUGAUUCUCUCCAGGUGAUGUAGAU